AUGUGUAUUUUCCUGUGGCUUCUAUACUUGGCAGAGUUUACUGUCUCUACAUAUAGAGAUUCGACUGAGAGACCGCCGCCACCGCGAACGACCAGCGAUUCGGAGGAUGUCGCUUCAGAGAAGAUCUCCCACUCGGACCAGGCCAUUUUACUCGAUGGGAUUUCCUUCGCCGGACAAAAAUACCACGAGCACUGCUUCGUCUGCCAAAAGUGCUUUCUGGUUCUCGCCGGCAAGCUAUUCACACCUCACGAGGGAAAAGCAUACUGCACUGAAUGCUACCUCGCUAACUUCGUCAGGCGCUGCUAUCGCUGCAAGAAACCGCUAAUAGGUCCCAACUCGAAGAACUACAUAGCGUUCGAGGAGAGAGCCUGGCACCGCCACUGCUUCAAGUGUGAUAACUGUAAAGACUCGCUGCUCAAAGAUAGAUUCCACAUGGACCACAAGCGCCUGCUCUGUCCGUCCUGUGCUGCCACAAAGCUGAAACUGCUCCGGCACGCGUAGCGCACCAGAUACUAAUAAUAUCAGGAGUGUAUAAUAUAGAAACAGGAAGCAUAAUAUACCAAGAUAUAGAACCAGGAUAUAUGCCAGGAUAUAGAACCAGGAUAUAUGCCAGGAUAAAGAACCAGGAUAUAUGCCAGGAUAUAGAACCAGGAUAUAUGCCAGGAUAUAGAACCAGAAGGUACAAUAUAGGAUCAGGAGUGCAUCUAUAUUAUACACUCCUGGUAAUAUUACGAACAAUUUCUUCGUCAUCGAACAAAAAAACCUAUGGACUGUGCAAUGCUGAAGCUCGAGUUCGACGCUAGCGAACCUGGUGGAUUGAUGCGUUAACGUUUUUUUUCAAUUUGGAAGCAAACAGGAUCUAUAGGUCAUCUGUGUAAUUUCGUUAUUCGUCUAACUAGUGAACGCUACAAUGGUAAAAUGCCAAGUUUCAACGCACCUGUCUUGGCAAGUUAGCAUGUAACACUGCCAGAGCCUGAAUGAGCAUGGCUGUUAGAUUUCCCCCUGAUAGAUAUAUAGAUAUACCUAUAGCUAGAUAGCUAGAUAGGUAAACAGUUAAAGAAAUAGAUUAUUAGAUAGAUAAACAGACAAAUCGACAGAUAAGCAGAUAUCUACAUCAAUAAAGCUGGUGGUUUAUGUGGUUCACCGGCAGCGAUGCUGUUUUUAAGUCGGUAUAAAACGUUCCGGAGAUUUUAUCAAAUCUGCCAAAUAUAUUAAAUAUUGCUUUGUUAACGUAAUGUGUCACACUAUGUUGUCCUAGCUUAUAGGUGUUAUUUAACUACGCUGAGAAUAAACUCUCAGUGCUAUCCUCUAUACUUGACCUCUAAUAAGUUACUAUUAAUUGCGCGCAGCGAGGUCCUAGGUAUUUUAUAAUCUAUGACACAAAUUUGUAGUCAAAGAUCCGAAGACUGUGCGCCUUGUAAUGAAUAAAGCGAAGCAUUGGAAUCGACAGUUUUUAUA